AUGAACAUUGAACAGUGGCUUGAAGAUAUUACGAAAAGGAUUGAGGAGCCCGUGACUCCACUAGGGUUGACUAUGCCCGAGAAAUGCCUAGGAAGCUUGGAACAGCAGUCUGACAUGGAUAAGGGACUAUUGGAGAGAGAUAAUGGACGAGAAGACAAAAUUGUGCACAAGAUCAGGACUUUGAAAGAGACGGUCCGCAGACAAGACGAAAGACUUAGGAAGUCUGAACUACAGGAGGAUAUAGUUCAAGGAAAGAUUACUAGCUUGCAAGAGCAGCUCAGUGUCCGCGACUCUUUUCAACAACACAGCGAUUUAAAUGACAGGCUCAACAUGCAUGAAAGACUACUAGAGGUUGCCGACCAACAAAUAAAUACCCAGCAAGAGCUCAUAAAACACUUGCUUGAAGUGCAAGCCUCAACUUCUCGACAACUUGCCUUUAUCACACAAAAGCUUUCGCAACAAGCAGAACAAUCUAUGGAACAGCCACAAAUGGAAGAAGCCGAGGGGGUUCAGUCUAACCCGGGCCGAGUUAGCAAUUUUACAGAUGCUUCUGAUUAUGUCCUUGUGUCAGAGGAUAAAGCUACCACUAGUUGA